UUAACGUUCCACAUUCACUGGAAUGCUUUCAAUCGGUCAAACAGCAGUCCAGUAAUUAUACCCAAGCAUACAUAUACCACAAUUCAACAAAAAUGACUUCUUUAUACCAACAUGGCUUCAAUCUCUUACCUAAGCCCAAUCGGUCUCCGCUUUCGUUUGGUGAUGAAGCAACUCGAUCACAAUUGCCCGAUUUUAAAACAGUAUCAGAAUUAUCGGAAUUCGUUGAAAGGUUAUUCUUUUAUCGAUUACCCAUUCCGGGCAUUUAUAUUCAAAUCAAAUUUUGUGCAAGUUACGUUUGUCUUUUAUUAUUGAUCAUCAUUAUGAUCCUGUCAGGACGAAUGUAUGAAAAAACUUUUUGGAUUCUUCGUCCGAUGAAAAAACCUUCUGGUACAGUUCUCGUUCCAAAUUCAAUGUUGGCAUUCUCGAUGAUCGAAGGUAUUUAUGGUAUCCUUUUCGUGGCUCUGUUGUGGGAAGUUGAUAAAUUUUACGAAGAACGUUCAACACUUCCGUUCAACUUCAUGGCUUGGUUACAAUUACCAUGGAUACCUUUGAUCAUUGGUGCUUCUAUGGCCGCUUUAGGAACGUAUUUUGCAAUUCCAAGUAACACUCAACAAUCUUUUGGUGUCGAUUCUGAAGAAAGUCAAGUGAAAAACGCUCUUCGUCGUUUCUUUACACAUUCAUGGUUCAUCAAUUCUACCACACUCCUUGGUCCCCUUGCAGUGAUCAUCUCUGUCGUCAUUCCAACGGUUUGGAGUAGUAUUUUAUUCAAUCGUUCAUUGAAUCAACAAUUGAUAUGGCAAGAAAAGUAUGCAAAUUUGCCAGAUUUUACACAAGAAAUGGUAACAGAUGCUCAACGUGUAUGGUAUGAACUUUUACCUUCAAUGCGUUUGGCAGGUGUUACGAUGAUCGUUUGGACUAUUUGGGCUUUUUCAAUCUUUGUCGUUUAUACUUCCAUCGCUGUUCGUUUGGUUCUUGCUGUUCGUCGUGAGUUGUACAAAGUCGAGAAUGCAAAGGGACCUUAUCGUGGCUUUGCUGUCUCAACAUAUCACGAGCCUAACGAAGAAGAAGCAGGAGGAGCAGCAGAUAUUGAGAAGCAGAAUCGACUCAAAUUUGCCGCUGCGCUUCAUGCUGGUGAUGAUGACGAUGAGAACGGAGCAAAAAAAGAGAAUGCACGUCUGCCAAAGACUUCUCCAGUGAUACCGCAAACAGGAGGAUCGGAAAUCGAAAGUGCUGAUGCAAUCAAUUCUCAGACAACAAAAGAAAGAAAGACAUCCGAUGCUACUAUGAUUCAGGAGCGCAGCAUAUCAAGAUCAAAUAGCAAACUUCCUUUGAUGCCAAAAGGAGACGGAGAUGUUCGUCAAAGUCAACCUAACACGGAAAGGUCAAGUGAAGAAGAUUUGCACAACGUCUUAGAUCGUGCAAUUCCUAUGCAAUUUGACGAAGAAGGUGCAGCAGCAAUGAUAAGCACUGCACGUAAAGGUGGUAAAAAAGCAAGUAAAACGAGUGAUAACGAUAGCGAUCGUGCAGGAAAUACGCAUGGAAUACGUUCUUUUUUGCCAAAUAUAAUGAUGCAAAAAAGACCUGCUCAAGAAAUGCAAAAACAAAUUACUGCUGGCGGAAGAUCACAACAAAGGGAUGCAUUAAGGAAAGCAUUCCUUCAUGUUUGUAUUCAAGCAGUCGCUAUCAGUCCUGCUUGUUUGCUAUUUAUGGGCAUUGCAUUGCUAUUGGCUAUCGGAAGUUAUGGCGGUUCGGAGCACCCUCGUAACGGUGGUACACUUUAUGAAGUGAUAGUAUGCUAUGCACUCUUAUUUGCAAGUUGGGUUACGGUCGUUUUCGGUUCGGUUACCCUGUUCGCUAUUGCUUUCAGAACGUACGAAUCAGUCUUGACUAUCGUCACUUUCCCUUCUAUGCUUGGUCAAAAUAGCUCUAGUGGUGCAAACAGAGCAAACAGAAGUGGAAAGCUUAAUGAAAGCAAUAGCGGUGUUGCACAAACAGGUUCUUCAGGACAAAGAUCGGGUAACAAUCAAAUCUCAUUCACCAGUCCAAGUAGACCAAGAACGGGAGAGAGCAAUGAUCACAGCAGUUGCCAUAAAUUAUCGAGACCUUUAACGUCCAAUAAGCGUAAGCCAAGCGUAAAGUCUUCACACACGGCAAAUACAGGACUUGGAAUCGGAAUGGAAACUUCAUUCUUUGAAACUGAAACACGACAAGUAAAUGAUACAGUACGUUCAACAGGCGGAGAAGGUUCAGAUCGCGAUUUAACGUAUGAGAUGAGCUCGUUCAGCAGUAAUCCGCUGAGCAAAUUCAACGAUAUGGAAAUCGGACCUUUGGAAUCUUUUGGUGAAAUGCCAAAGAAUAUGCCAAGAGCAGCAAUGGCCGAACAACAAGGUUCAAUGCAUUCAUCUCCAGGCUAUAAUCGUCAUCAAGCGCGAGCCUAUAGACGCAAUGAUGAAGGUAUUCAACAGUAUCCUGUUACCCCUUCACCUCGUUCGCCACCAUACAGAUCACCAACAUCACAACAAAGGGCGCAAACUAGAGAAGAAUUUGACGAAAGUCAAUCGUAUUCGGAUCCAGAAGAAGAACGUCGUUACUUCCAAGGAGGUGCUGGAAGACGUAGAGCAAGUUUGAAAAAUACUCCUCGUAAGCCAGUUCCGCGUUCGUAAACGGUGAGCAAUAAGAAUACAUACCCAACUUCAAGUUCGUGUCCGACAGUCUGCACGGUCAAGGUCCAGUUUCUCAGAAUCUUUCAAGUGACGGUGGCUUCUACCUCGAUGGUUUUGCAGCCGUCGGUCAGUAUGAUCUUUAAAAAAAUAACAACUUCAUAAAAAAACUUUUUAUACCUCCAUCAUUUUUGGUCUCAAGUCACGAAAAUGACUCUCUCUGUAAAAGAUAGCAAGCGUGUAUUUAUACGCCUCUGAAAGAAAAAGCAAUGUAUAACCAUCUUUUCCUCUUAAAAUGUGAAAUAUCUGCUUUCCAAUUGAUUUCA